AUGCAUUCCAAGCAUCGAGCUUUAUGGGAACAAGUUGGUAUUCACAAUGCAGUGAUGAGUUCCAGGUACGAUAUCAAACAACACAAAGAACUCGUUCUUCGUUUUGCCGAAAAAUGGAGUCUUGGGACAAAUACUUUUGUUUUUCCUUGGGGAAAAGCAACGAUAACCUUGGAAGAUGUUAUGGUCAUCGGUGGGUUUUCUGUUCUUGGUGAAUCUGUUUUGAACCCUUUGAAGAGUAAACACCUCCUCGAGGUUGAAGAAAGGUUGAUCAAAGGGCGAAAAAUGGCCGCAAGAGGAGGCUGCGUGCUUGCCACGCCUAAAGCUUGGAUUGACUAUUUCAUGGGAACUGGGAAUGAGCUUGAGCAUGAAGCAUUCCUUUCUUUAUGGUUAUCGAACUUUGUUUUUGCGACUUCUUCUUCUACAAGUAUAUGGAAGCAUGUUUUUCGUGUUGCGAUUCAUUUGGCUAGAGGGAAUCGGGUUGCUCUUGCACCGGCUGUUUUAUCUAGCAUAUAUAGGGACUUAAAUCUAUUGAAGGAUCGAUUCUCUGGCUCGGUUGUGGCACAAAGUAAUGGGUUGGUUAAUCUUUAUGCACCCUUUCAGUUAGUGCAGGUUUGGGUUUGGGAAAGGUUUCCGGGGUUGCGUCCGAUGCCAAAUUCGAUCUCGAGUAAUGAGCCGAGGGUGGUGAGAUGGAACAAGCUUAAGGUGAAUGUUGUUAAUGUGAAGCUAGCUAUGGAGUCUGCAGGAGGAAGUUUUCAAUGGCGGCCGUAUGUUACGUCGAUCGAUGAUUGGUCUUUGCCGAAGUUUUAUGGUGAUGAGGAACAGAAUGUGUUGCUCGAUUCUCGUGUUGAUUUGGACAAAGAGAUUCAUUCGUUUGUUAGAUGUUUGAGGGGCAGUGAACUCGUUGGGCUAGACAUCAUAGAGCAGUAUGUCUCAAGUCGGGUUUCGAUGCAAUUCGGAAUGGAUCAAGAUCUUCCGGGAUGUUUUGCUAGAUGCAAUGGAAACACUGAUAUUGCUUGGAGGAAUUAG